AUGAGAUUCACUAAUAUAAUUCAAGGUCUACUUGUCCUGUCUGGACUACAAGCGGUUCAAGGCAAAUGGUACAGGCCAAAGCAGCACAUAAGAGACUCCUACCAAGAAGCUAUCUCUAAUAUGCUGGAUAAAUUGGCACCUUAUUCCACUGGUGAAUUUAGGGAUGAGGUUGCCAACAUCACAGCACAAAGUUCCGAGGUUCUGAAAACUUAUGGAGACUUUGUGUUUCCUCUCCCAAUUGUGGAGGGAAUCCUGGCCAACAAGAUGAAACUAUUAGAGGCCCAUCCUGAGAAUGUUACAACAAUCUUGAAUAACAUCCAAGAUGGGCUUCAGUUUGCCAUCGAAACAACUCCAGACUUUUACCUGGAGAAAGUUAAAGAGUACAUAAAGGGUAAAUUAAAACUACAUGAACUUCUGCCCUCAGACUACUUUGAAAGUGGAGAGUUAGAAGAAAUUGGCUCUCCGAUGGAGUUUUUAACAUUGGCAAGGACGCCAAGGCACCCGAGACUGGAAUCGUUUCUCAGGGGACUCAUAGCAGUGAUGGCCCUGUUAGGCGGGGCAAUGGCGCUGUGCGGGUCACUGGGGAAAUACCAGUGCAAGAUGAUUUUAAUGGUCACGGCAUUGACAAUUCUAGUUUGGUCCUUACACCUUCGCAGAGAGUUUGGUGUGUAG